UGGAAUACUGACCAAGAGGGUAUUGGAUGUGGUUUACAGGAUAUUGAACCGCGAUUGGUCGAUUUAAGGAUUAUAGGAGGAACGUCAGCCAUACGUGGCAGUUGGCCGUGGAUGGUGUCUUUGAAAACUGCAGGACAACAUUUCUGUGGUGGUGUUUUGAUAUCAAGAGAAUGGGUUGUAUCAGCAGCACAUUGCAUGUUAUUUAUGCCUGGAAUGGAUGAUCCAAAUUUAUGGGAAAUUCGUUUGGGAAGAUUUGACCCAGCAUUUAAUGUUACCGAACCAGAAACAGAGCAGACAUUUAACAUUUCUGGUAAACCCAUAUUCUACGACGGUUUGGAUGUUGAACAGUUCUAUAGAGGCCUCCCGGUAGAUAAUGACCUGGUGCUGCUGAAAUUGGCCAGACCGGCUAUUAUAACUAGUUGGGUUAAACCAAUUUGUUUACCCGAAAAAGACGAGGAGCCUGUAAAUAGAGAGAGAUGUGUUAUAACUGGAUACGGACAAACUAUACCCAAUGUUGGUCCACCUCGCAAAUUGAAGCAAGCCAUUAUACCGAUUGUUGAUUUUGAAACAUGCCAGGAUAUUGAAGGGUAUAAGAAGCUACUCACGUCAAAUAUGAUAUGUGCUGGUUACAAAGAUGGUGGAGUAGAUAGUUGCAAGAUGGAUAGUGGUGGUCCGCUACAAUGUUUUGGUAACGAAAGGUGGGUUGUUUCAGGUAUUACGUCAUGGGGUGAUGCGGGACAGUCGGGAUGUGCUAAAGCCUUGAGACCUGGAGUCUACACAAAAGUUAGCAGCUAUUCGUCGUGGAUUAAAAACAUGAUAUAUGAAGAUUAUGUUGCAACUCGGAACAAGCAAUAGUGAUAUUUAAAUAGUGAUAACAA